AUGAUUGUUGCAGGUAAUGGUACAGCGGGAUCAGAAUUAAAUCUUUUGUUUUUUCCCGUCGGCAUCUUUGUCGACAUCGAUUUCAAUCUCUAUGUUGCUGAUGCUGGAAAUAAUAGAAUUCAAUUAUUUCGAUUCGGUCAAUUGGAUGCAAUUACAAUGGCUGGUCAUGGAGCAUCGAUCAAUUUUGCACUCUUCUUUCCUACAGGAGUGGUUGUCGAUGCAGAUGGCUAUUUGUUUAUUGUUGAUCACAACAAUAAUCGCGUCGUUCGAUCAGGACCCAACGGUGUUCGAUGUGUGGUUGGAUGUUCAAGACAAUAUGGCUUAGGAUCUGAUGAACUAAAGCUUCCAUGGGGUCUUGCUUUCGAUAGCUAUGGCAACUUGUUUGUUACUGAUUGGCGGAAUGGACGAGUUCAAAAGUUUUCUUUCAUUAGAAAGUCUUGUGCACCAUCAGUUAAUCAGCCUGAAUUAUGUUCAUCAGCAUCAUGGAAUUCGAAUGGUACCACCGUUGUCGACAACAUUGAUGAUUAUGGAAAUACAUCGAUGAUUUUAGCAGGUAAUAGUACAGCUGGAUCAACAUCGAAUUUGUUGUCUUCUCCCAUCGGCAUCUUUGUCGACAUCAAUUUCAAUCUCUAUGUUGCCGAUGCUGGAAAUAAUAGAAUUCAAUUAUUUCGAUUCGGUCAAUUGGAUGCAAUCACAAUGGCUGGUCAUGGAGUAUCGAUCAAUUUUGUACUCGACUAUCCUACAGGAGUGGUUGUCGAUGCAGAUGGCUAUUUGUUUAUUGUUGAUCAAAACAAUAAUCGCAUUGUUCGAUGGGGACCCAACGACGUUCGUUGCUUGAUUGGAUGUUCAAAUGAACGUGGCUCAGGAUCCGAUCAACUGAACUUUCCAUGGGGUCUCGCUUUCGAUAGCUAUGGCAACUUAUCUUUAAUACCUCAUCAAGGUCUUCGUCAUUUUAAUAUUAUCUUACAAACUAUUGAUGAUUUAUAUGCAUUACUCAGUGGACUUAUACCAAACAACGAAACAUUCAUCGUUCAAUUGCAUCAAUCACGUCUAUCAACAUGUUAUCGAUCUCAAUGUCAAGUAUUGUGUUCUCGAUUGAUCAUCGAUUUUACAUUAUUGGAGAGUUCUAGUGAUAUAAAUCUUGAAGAUAUGGAAUCUAUACUUAUUCAUAUGCCAAAUCUUCGUAAAUUAACAUUAAGUAUUCGUGAUACACUUGAUUCAAGAUUUGUUCAUGAAUUGAAAAUGGAAUCUAUGUUAAUUAAACAUGUGCCUCAUCUUGAUAAAUUUGAUUAG